UUUUAGGGGUUUUAGAGGUUUUAAGCAGCAUCCGCAUCUAUUCUUCUUCUUUCUUGGCGUAUCUUCCGACGCAGCCACCGUCUUUCAGCACUUCAUCCCAACAAUGUCCACGCUUCCGAAGCACCAACCCGAAGCGAAACCCCAAGAUCUCCCUCCGGAUCAACCAGCUUCGGCGCCCUCGGAUGCAAAACCCGAAGAUCUUCAUCCGAACCAGCCAGGUUCGGAGUCUCCCGAAGCCAAAGCAGAGGGGGAAGAAGAGGAUGAAGAAGAAGAAGGAGAGUGCGGGUUCUGCCUCUUCAUGAAGGGUGGUGGGUGCAGAGACGAGUUCAUAGGGUGGGAAAAUUGCGUCCAGGAGGCCGAAAACAACAACGAGGACCUCCUCGAGAAGUGCGCCCAGGUCACCGCCGCUCUCAAGCGCUGUAUGGACGCCCACUCCGACUACUACGAGCCCAUCCUCCGCGCCGAGAAGCUCGCCGAGGAACAGGCCAUCGUCGAAUUGGAGAAGGAGAAGCAGAAUCAACAACAACCUCCGCAAGACCAAAAGGCCGAGAAGGUUGUUGAGGAAGUAGCCAUCAUUGAAUUGGAGGUGGAAAAGCAAAAUUUGCCACCAAACGAGUCCCAACCCCCUUCUCCUUCCAGUCAAGACCAAAAGUGAGACCCCAUUUCAUUGCCCUUUUUUGCUUCUCUUAACCCACUGUCAUACUCAUACCUGUACUGUCAAUGCAAAUAGAUUACAGUUAUUUUUGUCACAAUAAUCGUGACUCAUUUUUUUUGUCACAAUAAUUGGAAUGACUAGUAUUUUCUUUGAUUCGCAGCUCUAUCUCUGCUUGAUUAAUGAUUUUUAAUUUGUGAUAUGGUUGUGUUGUAUUGGUUGCUAUUUUACCGUCUAGUUACUGAUUAGUGAUUGAUGGCA